AAUAUAUGUGUAUGUAUAUGUAUAUACAUACAUACAUAUAUAGAUGUGUAUGUAUGUAUGUGUAUAUAUAUACAUGAACGGAAGAAAAGAGAGGGAGAGAGAUAAAGAGAGAGAGAGAGAGAGAGAGAGAGAAACAAAGAUGAGAGAUUUCUUUGCAAAAAAUAUUGAACGAUUUUAAAAACGACAAGUAACUACUUAGAAUAAGUAUACUCAUUAUGUCUGUAAACUCUCUUUGAAAAGAAAAACAUUUUCGCGCCGUCGACCGAUCUCCUUCCACCCUACCCCUCGCCAAUCAAGCCCCGCACCCCCUCGCUAGCACCACCCUGCCCUCCUCCAUAUCUCUAAGUUCUAAGCUCAAGCAGUCACGUGAUCAGACGCAUGCCAUUUUCGCCGAAGAAAAUAAGACUUUGUAUUCGCGACUUAAUAAUAUCGCGACGAAUUUUCUCAAACGCGACAUAGGCAAGCCACAAAAUCCGUCGAUCGAGCACAUAAUAAUAUAACACGAAUGUAUGGGGAUGAAUGAAUGAAAAAGAGAGAAAGAGAAAGAAAGAGAAAACAAGUAGUAAAUGAAUGAACGAAAGAAUGAGAGAAAAACGGAAUGAGAGAGAGAGAGAGAGAGAAGUACGCAAGUAUUAAAAAGUUAUACAUUAUUUAUAUAUAAUAUAAAAGAGAGAAAGGGAGAAAAAGAGGGGGAGAGAGAGAGUAAGAGAGAAAGAGAUGGAAAACAAACGAACAAUCACCGAUUUUUCAAGAAUUUUGUUAAAGAACAGUAGGUAAAAUUUUUCCCGAGUACAUUAUUGAUAAUAAAAAAAAAAGAAGAGAAAAGAAAAGAAAAGAAAAACUUUGAAGAUCUUCGAAAGAUCGGUGUGAGUCAAAGUUGAAACGAUCUAUUCCGCACGCAUACAAACACACACACAUACACACACACAGACGUAUUAUCCUAUUUGUAUGACACGAACUCGUCUUUGAAUGUCGUCUUUGAUAGUAAUUAUGCGCUAAUUUUGAGAUCAAUAAUUUUCGAAUCCUUUCGAAAGAGUAAUGAGGUGAGAAUGUAUGCAAAGAAGAGAGAAAAUGAACGAAAGAAAAAAGAAAACAAAAAACAAAAAAGCGAAAAGAAAGAAAUUAACGAAAGAUCAGCGAACCUUCCUAUAUACGACAUAAUAAUAUUAUGUAUGUUACGAUAUACAACGAAGCGACGAUCCAUCGUUCGAUGUUUAAGAGCGGAGCGUCGUGUUCAUCGCUUAAACUAAACUCAUCCUGUGGCUCCGAGAAUAUAAAAAAUAUACCUUUUUAAAAAAAAAAAAGAAAAAAAAAGAGAGAAAAAAGAGAAAAAAAAAGAAGAGACAAAGCGAGCACGACACAACGUACAAAUUCGGCGAGAAAGAGAGCGUUCCCGCACACUCGAAAUUCGUAUGCGCGCGAAAAAAUCGAGGAAUAGUAAUUUGAAAAAUAAUCCUAAUGAUAGCGUUUAGAAUAUCAUCAUCGUCUAUGAAAAUGUGUCUGUCUGUCUAUCUGUCUAUCUUUCUUUCAUUCAUUCUUUCAUUCUUUCUUUCUUUCUUUUCUUUUUUCUUUCUCAAGCCAUCCAUUUCUCCUCCUAACGAAUAAACGAAUAAAAAAGAGAUAUGGAAAAAGAGAAAAACCUUUAAUAUCGCGCGUUUGCGAAUUUCAUCAUAGUUUCGUCGAACUUUUGUAACCUCUUGCGAACUCUGCGACGCCGAAAGAGAAAAAAAAAGGAAAAAGGAGAAUAUCUGUCUAUCUCUCUCGUUCUCUCUCUCUCUCUCUCUCUCUCUCUCCUCUCUCCUCUCUUCUCUUCUCUUCUUCUCUUCUCUUUUCUUCUCUUCUCUUCUCUUCUCUUCUCUUCUCUUUCUCUCUAUCCUCCCUCUCUUUCUCUCUCUCUCUUUUUAUCUAUAUAUAUAUAUACAUAUAUAUAUACAUCUCUCUUUUUCCAAAAUUUAUUAACGUUAGAAAAUAAUGAAGAUCGUUUGGUCGUUAACGAUACUUCGAGUACGAUACUCGAAGGAUCGUAAAGCAGCAAUAAAUGAUGGCCGAUGAAAAAAAAUACACAUAGUAUAUAUGUAUAUCGAGGCGACUAUUAUACCUUUUUUUUAAGGUUAAUGUCACAUUGUAGGCGGACCAGGAUAGACGUAUUAUCGAGUUACGCGUCGCAGAGUUUGCCGAUCCAUAAAUAUCGAUCCAUUGUAUUUAUAAAACGAUUUUCAAAGUUUUUUGUGACUAUCUCAAAUUCUCUACGACCCCUAUCAUCAUAUACCUGCGACCUUGUAAGAAGAUAAGCCCCGUCGUUACGGCGCGCGCGCACAUACAGACACACGCACCCACCCUCUAUCUCCACGACCCCUUCCCCAUUCCAUUUCACCCCCUCCUUCCCUCUUGUCGCCCCGACAUCGACAUUAACUGUUUGUCCUUUUUAACAAAUAUAACAAAACUUACAUCUUA